AUGCCCGUGCAGGUGAAAAGCACUACAGCUGCACUCGGGGAUCUCACUUCUGAAUUCGAGUUGGACAGAAAAGAAGCAGUUGGCUGCCAACAGAAACUGUCCGAGUUAAAGGCCGCUGAUGACUCAGAGAAGCGAGCUUUUAGAAAGCAGAUCGGAG